GGUGGACAGUGCGAGUCCAGGCAGUUCUGCUGGAGCAGUUGUCAGCUCCCAGAGCAGACCAGCAGCUUUUCUUCCCGCAGGUGCUGCUGUAUUUCACCACCUCUUCGAGCCUAGUUGUACAGGCAAAUGCCACGGAGAGGAUCUGGAAGCUGGUUGGUUUCCUGCACAGCUAUUUCUGUGAAGAGCCAUUUGGAAAAUACCUCCAGCCUUCUCAGAGGACAGCCAUCGUCCUCAGGACUCUUGAGAUGAUGAGAAACCACAGCAUCGAUGAUGAUGAGUACGAUUAUGCCGAAUUCAUUCUGGACAUAGCCGUUCAAGACCCUGCCUCCUGGCUGAUGGAUGUGCCAAAGAUCCUGAGGUUCAUCCAUGAAAGCCUGAGCGACUGCACAACUUCAAAACACCUGAAACUCUUUUCAGUACUUUGCACACUGGCCAACGAGUUUCCUAGGGAACUGCUCAUAAGCAUCUUGACAGACCUUCCGACACUUGACAGCACUACUCUGGACAUCUGGAAGGCGACGCUUUCCCUGCCAAUGAAUUCAGAGAAGAGCUUGCAAGAGCUACAGAAUGUUCUCCAGGACAAACGGGUGUGCAGCUUCUUUGAAGUCAACACCGUGGACUUAAGCACCGUUCACUUGGCUAUGAUGCGCCCCAAGGAUCAGAUACUAGUGGAUUUAUGUGACCCAGAAAGGCUCCAGGUGUGUCUGAGGCUUCAAAGCCUGCCGAUGCUCUGGCUGGUGCUCAGAGCCCUCACCAUGUUGUCAGAGAGACCUAAGAUGGUGUCCAGUGAGGUGCGAGAGCGCUCCAUGCUCCUCUUCAAAGACUUGAUGGAGUCUGUGGUGUGGUGGAGAAAAGGAGCAAUGAAGACGACCGUGCGCAGGGCCCUUAUUCCACUGUUUUUCCGGAUGAGUGAUGAGGCUGAGAGCGUGGCCAAGGCGUCUGCAGUAGUCCUACUCGCUUGUACAAUGUUCCUGAAGUGGAAACAGCUUGAGCACCUGGCUCAGAACGAAGACACCACUAGGAUUACGGAGUACUUGCUCAAGCAGAAGAGCAGCAGGGUGGACGGAUACCUGCAGCAGAGCCUGCUGUACCUGGAGGAUGCUCAGGCCAACUUGCGACAGAAGGCUAUCAAAUUCAUCGGGCUUGCUGUCUACCAUGCUGGCAUCCAGAGUGAGGAGAAGCUGAAUGAGCUCAUCCAAGCCCUCCAACCUGUCACGGAGGAUGUCGAUACAUCAGUCUGUGUUCUGGCAGCUCAGACCAUCCUACGCCUGAGAAGACGAAUUAAGAGGCCAAUACCUCUAUGGGUUCAGCUUGCAGAACUUUUCUGCUGGCCCUGCAUAGCCAGGGCAUAUGGCUCUGUUUGAUUAAAGCUGGAACAGCAAAUCCAGUCUCGUUGUGUCCUUCACAUGGGCAGCAGCCUGAGUGCCGUUCCUGGCCUCUGCCACUGUGGGCUAUCUGUCAGCACAGCCUGGCUGCAGGAUUGUUUGAGAAGUUCAGCCCUUCGUUACGCUUUGCCCUCCAAGUGGCUGAGUUUCUUCACCCGUGUGGAAGUCUUUUAUUUCAGGAAACAGAGGGUAAAAGCAGCCCCUGGAGGAAUGAGGAUUGCCCCAAGAGCUGCCUGAUGCCCACGCUUUCCAGCAGCCCAUGGCAGCGCAGCAUGUACUGGGCCACUGCGCCCUUGCAGCAACCUCCCCUGGCUGCCCUGCUGCACCUUAACACUCCAAGGGGAGGAGGAGAGAAGCUUGGGCCCAGCCUGCCCAAGCCUCCUGAGCCGUCCCAGGGCACACACAGGCACCUGUUGUCUGCCACGGUUUUGUGGGCUGCCCGUGAUCCCUACUGCACAGGAAAUGUCUUGACUGCUCCAAGCUGGAGAUAUUGUGGGGAGCCAUAUGUCUUGUUCUUAGGUCGCUGCCCACCGCGAGCAGGGAGGGGCGACCAGCGCAUGCGCACCACCCGCAGCGUGCCGCAGUGUCGGGUGUGGGAGCCCGUGCAGCAGGGCACAGGGAUGCUGUCCCUCCUCCCUUUCGAGUCCAUCCUAUACACGGGCAGU